AUGAUAAUGCCUGUAUUUCCCUACUACAUCAUUAUCCACGGCACUUGCAGUUACAUACAUCGUUUAAUUCUCUGGCCAUUCAAGCUACGGAUCAUGAAUACCGCAUCAAUAUAUUCGGAUCCCGUUGUCAGUUGCCCGUACGAUAAGUACCACAGGAUUGCGCUGUCAAAAAUUCAAAUGCACAUUGUUAAGUGUGAAAAGAACUUUCCAAAAGGAUACAAACAAACUUGUCCAUAUGAUGCAACGCAUAGAUUGUUUGAACACGAAUUAACUGAUCACAUUCAAAACUGUCCCAAGCGCAUGGUUUUAGAGCCUGAAAGGCAUCAGUUCAUUAGGAAUCAUGGGUCUACAAUGAGUGAAUUUUUAGAAUCUGAUGCUGCAACAAGCAUUAUAGAUCAUGGAGAAUCUUGGGACAAAGAAUCGAACAGGGAUUGGACUCCCUCAAUCGAUGGUCGAUCUAGUAUAAUAGACUGUAGCACUGGUUCAAACUUCCUGGAACAAAGGGAUCCAUCCGGAUGCAAGGAAUUCAUUGACCCUAAUCAGGACUUACGUCGUCCUCUUGGUUACUCGGAGGCAAUGUUGGUUGGAGGAGAGUCAGACAAAGCUGAAGCGUCGGAUAUGGAAUCAGUCAUCAGUGUGAUGGGUGUUGGGCGUGGUAGGAAUCCAUCAGCGCACCUGCGGCUGCAGAAACCAUUCAGUUUUGGUAGAGGGAUGUCUCUGCCAAGAAAUAACUAGAGGCAUUGAUUCCAAUUUGAUACAGAUUAUACAAAAGUGGAGAGUGAUAUUUUUCUUCAGAAUUUUUUUUACAAUUAUAUAGCCCUUCAUA